AGUAGAGUUGACCCCUUUUAAAACGUGAGAUUAAUCGGGUAGGAGUCGCAUUAACAAACCGGCAGGAGGAAAACUGGUUACACUUUAGUAAUGGAGAAUACGACAAAAGGGCGCGAUCCCCAUGCUGUAUUCGCGGAGAUACAAAAUCGGGUAACAGCUGCAGGUGUGUCAUCUCGUCAGUUGAGCAAGUUGAAGUCGAUUAAAAUUCUAACAAAAAAGAAACACUCGAAAAAGGUUUCCAUUUCGAACACCUGGAGAGUAUGGGCUGUAAUUGCUGCGAUUACCUCGGGAGUAUUCCUUUAUUUCGGUCUUCAUACCCGGGAAGGAUUCAGCCGUUUGUGGUUUUAUCUAGAAAAUACCAACCCUAGCAACGAGUUUUGUACCCUGGACGUCCCCGCGCUCGUGCAGAACGCCUUCAUGCCACCUGUUGACUGCAACAUAUGCCGCAACCUGACUCGCGUGGAAAAAAUAUCCAAGAUAACUCCUCUAGAAUUCGAGUCGAGAUUUGCCUACAAAGGAGUUCCGGUUGUUAUUACAGACGCAAUGACCAACUGGACUGCCCCCGAAGUAUUCAACUUUACAUUUUUUAAAUCGCUAUACUCAUUUGAAGGCUUGCAGCAUGAAUGCCAGUUUUUUCCUUACCAGACAGAAUUCAAGAAUCUUUCUGAAGUUUUCACCAUGAAUAUGGAGCGUGCUUUGAUGCUGGACAAAAGUAAUCCAUGGUAUGUCGGCUGGAGUAACUGUGAUCCUAUCGUAUCGAGUACACUACGUAAGUAUUAUAAUCGACCAUAUUUUCUGCCAGAAGACUCGGAAGGCAGUACACUGGACUGGAUUUUUAUAGGAGCCCCAGGAUACGGGGCUAAUAUGCACAUUGAUCACGUUGUAUACCCCUCUUGGCAAGCUCAGAUCAAAGGACGGAAGUUAUGGACGCUAGAACCAGCUCCAGAAUGUUUCACUGAGUGCAGGACGUUGGAAGUCACUAUCGAGACGGGAGAAAUAUUUGUACUCGACACCAACAUGUGGUACCAUAAAACCUUGAUCGUCGGAGAUGAAAUGAGCAUCACAAUUGGUUCUGAAUACGACUGAUCAGUGAUGAGACGAAAACCACUAUUGGUUCUGAAUACGACUGAUCAAUGUUCAGCUUGUUUUUUGUUUCUGUGAUGAACUAUGUUUCCUUAUUGAGUCGUUAAAUAUCUAAGCAACUUGCUAAUAUCAAUAAUCAAGUGUAUUGCAAUAUGUAAGGGUUGUGUGAAAAUGCGCCCUCUAUGGUCGUUCCGUAAGUGAAAUAUACAUUUACGUCUUCUCUCAGAUGAAGUAUUAAGUUGCUGAUGUCUGAGGCCAGCGCUAGUGAGUUGGAAAAUAAAUUAAAUAUAAUUCA